AAUUCAAACUGUAAAUCUCCCUCCCGACCAAAGAAGGCGCUUGGUAAGGUGGAUCGUAUGCUUCCUCCUAGAUGGACUGCCUUGACGGUAGGCGGAAACCGGAAGGUGACCAUAUUAGGGGGAGCGCGUAGUUGCAUGUACCUGGAAGGAUUCCAUUGCAAUCAGCUGCGGGGCGGGCCCCUAUUGGAGAAACCAUGGCAACGGGUUGUUUGCAAGGAGGAGGUUCUGGGUACAAAGGGGAAGCAGUUACGUUAGUACGGCCCCCUUGCGCUGAUGACGGUAUCCAGCCGGAGCCUGUGUCUCUGUUAUUGUUUUGUUUUGUCUCUGACAGAGGAGGAGUGAGAGUCGGGAGCUGCAGCCGCGGAGCCAGCAUUAGACCCGGAGCACGUCCCUCACAGCACAACACAGCACAGCACCAGCACUCACCACGACCCCGGAAGAAAGAGCACAGUUUCGUGCACGGAGGAUUGUGGUUCAGGAGUGUCAUUCUUUUGUUAAUAAGGACUGUAAACCUGCCGUGUUCCCCCCGAUACCAUCGCUGGCAAAAGGGGGGGGGGGUGUUUAUUAUUAUUAUUUAUUAUAAUUAUUGGAAUUAAAACACAGACGUUUUGGGAGAACUCUGGUCUGGACAUUGCCUUUAUUAUCACCACUCACAUCCUGUUCACAAGUGGUGUCAGAAACGGGAUUUUACAAUGGACCCUGCAGCACUGAACACCAUGAUGGAGGCUCAGGCACGUAGGCAUGAAGAGACCUUGGCAGCGGUGAUGGAGAGGAUGAAUGCCAUGUUCCUCGCGGCCAACCAGAGGAGGGAACCGGUGGCCGAACCAGCAGUAGCGCCUCCGAAACCUAAAGUGGUGAAGAUGUCGCUGGAGGAUGAUCCCGAGGCCUAUUUAACAUCCUUUGAAAGGCAGGCGACAGCAGCCCUAUGGCCUCGGGAGUGGUGGGCUACCCAGCUGGGACCCAAUCUGAUCGGGGAAGCCCAGGCAGCCUACCACGCUUUAACCCAUGAACAAGCCAUGGAUUAUGAUCUUGUAAAGAAAGCCAUCCUUCAGCGACUGGACAUCACGGAGGAGACGCACCGCCGCCGGUUCCGGGAGUACCAACGCCCAGAAGGAGUCCGACCCCGAGUAAUGGCCCAGCAGUUGGUGGACCAGGUGACCCGGUGGCUCUGCCCUGGUGAACGCACAGCAGAGGAGGUGGCUGAGAUUGUCACCAUUGAACAAUUUAUACAGUUGCUGGGGCCAGAAGCCAGUAAUUGGGUCAGCCGGCACCGGCCCACCACGCUGGACGCCGCGGUCAGGUUGGCUGAGGGGUACGAGGACUCUAUGCCCACACCGCUGCCCACCCCGAUACAUUCCACGCCGACCUUCAUCAGACCCAGGAUGGCGGGCCCAAGGCCGGGGCCCCUUCACCCACACACACCCUUCACGUCUGGACCAGCACCCUCACGUUCCCCAACGGGUGGCCUCGCUCCACAACACUGGAGGCCGAGGUCAACCCCCAGCUGGGGUAGAACAGGGGCCCCCUCCCCGCUGUCAGGUCGGCAGCGGGACAAUCAGGCUCCGUGGGCGCCUCUCCCUCUGGAAUGUUACCGGUGCCAUGGGGUCGGCCACCUUGCCCGGAAUUGCCCCUCAGCAAUGGAGUGUGGUGCGGCUUCGCAUUAUUUGGUACCGGCGACAGAGGAGGAGUGAGAGUCGGGAGCUGCAGCCGCGGAGCCAGCAUUAGACCCGGAGCACGUCCCUCACAGCACAACACAGCACAGCACCAGCACUCACCACGACCCCGGAAGAAAGAGCACAGUUUCGUGCACGGAGGAUUGUGGUUCAGGAGUGUCAUUCUUUUGUUAAUAAGGACUGUAAACCUGCCGUGUUCCCCCCGAUACCAUCGCUGGCAAAAGGGGGGGGGGGUGUUUAUUAUUAUUAUUUAUUAUAAUUAUUGGAAUUAAAACACAGACGUUUUGGGAGAACUCUGGUCUGGACAUUGCCUUUAUUAUCACCACUC